UUCACCGGAUGGUGAGAGCUUGGGGCCAUUCUGGGGAAGACUCGCCAUCCCUGUCUUUAUACUUGCGGUGCUUUCGUGUGUAGCAGGUUACCGUAUCCCGGCUGUGAUGGAGCGCUGGCGGGGCAGAGUGGCUCUGGUGACCGGAGCGUCGGUCGGGAUCGGGGCGGCUGUAGCCGUAGAGCUGGUCCGGUGCGGUAUGAAAGUGGUGGGCUGCGCCAGGGACGUCGGAAAAAUACAGAAACUGGCAGCAGAGUGUCAGAGUGCCGGCCACCCCGGUGUUUUGGUGCCUUUCAAAUGCGACUUGACCAAAGAGGAGGAGAUUCUGUCCAUGUUUGCAGCCAUCAAACAGCAGCACAAAGGCGUGGAUGUGUGCAUCAACAACGCUGGCUUGGCUCUCCCAGAGCUGCUGCUAAACGGCAAAACCAGCGGCUGGAAGAACAUGAUGGAUGUGAACGUUCUUGCACUGAGUAUCUGCACACGUGAAGCGUAUCAGUCAAUGAGAGAGAGAAACGUGGACGACGGGCACAUCAUAAACAUGAACAGCAUGUCCGGACAUCAUGUAGUCUCCAGUUCCAGCAUGCAUUUUUACUCCGCCACCAAGUACGCUGUAACUGCUCUGACUGAGGGCCUGAGGCAGGAGCUGCGUGCAGAAAACACCCACAUCCGAGCCACAUGCAUUUCUCCUGGUGUAGUGGAGACUGAAUUUGCUCCAUGGCUCUACAGUAACAGUCCCAGUAAAGCAGCUGGUGCAGGAGCUAAGUUCCUGGGAACAAAAGAUGUUGCAGAUGCUGUCAUUUACGUGCUCAGUGCCCCUCCUCAUGUUCAGAUUGCAGACGUUCAGAUGCGAGGGACAGAGCAGGUGUCCUACAGUUGUAGCAUAUGACCCUCGCAAAUAAUGCACCGAGAAAUUUUUACUUCUUUACAACAUUUUACAAGACAAUGACUUUGUGUGGUCGUUAAACAACUUCAUGGUGUUUGUACUCACAUUUUUCACUAAUGUGUAAAAUAAAAAUGAUUUUCUUGGGAA